AUGACCACCGACCAACGCACCGACGUUCCGGCGUGGGCGCCGCAGGCGUUUGCGACGGCGGCUAACGUCGUUGGACCCGCCGCCCUCUACAUCGACGACGACCGCAUCGAUCUGCCUCUGACCGACGCGAUCGCCGCCCGGUAUGCCAACUGCGACACCACCAACGUCCGCGCCGAGUUUGCUGGCGGCUGGUCCGCCGUGCACCAGUGGCUCAAGGAGAGGCUCGUGCCGGAAGGGCCCUGCUCGGUGCAGUUUUCUCACCUUGCCGUCGACACUGUUGGCAGUGCGUCAAGCCUCGAGCCGAUGGCGCCGCCACCCACGGGGUGCUUUGGGCGCCUGCUUGUGCGACUCCCAUCGCGCUACGCAGGCGGCGGCAUCACGACGCCAAUGAGGCUGGCGCCCAUUACACGAGGCGUCCGCGCCAUCUUGGUCUACUAUCUCGUGUACUCGGACCCGACGACGCACUCGCGCUGCCAGCCUCCGACCGACGCCGAAGCCGUUGCCGCUUGGAUCCCGAGGUGUGCCGCCAAGCUCUUGCCGUUCUUUUACGGCUGUCAGCUGACCCAACCGUCGAGCACCCUCUCGUUCGAGCCUGUGUCGGCCACCGAUGUCCGGUUUCUCAGCGCCGUUGCCGCCACCAAGGCCUUUGACGAUGACGUCAUCGCGUACACGCCCUGGCCUGGCUGCAAGUGCCGAAAGGGGUCGUCGCCGGCGUGA